CGGUAAAUUGAAAAAUUGUUUAUAGCUAUUUUUUAAUAAUAGGUAUAUUAAUGACAAGCGGAUAUAACUAACUUACAUCAGGUCUUCAUCGAUUAGCAACAUAACCAAUAAUCUGUUGUUAAGAAUUAUUGAUGCCUCUACCAGUUUUCCGGUAACCACACAAAUUAGCAGAACAUGAUUUUUAGAUAAUAAAUUGUGCGAUGAUGUGUAAUAUAGCAUGAAAAACCGUACCUGCGUAAUAUAAAAUAUAAUGCCUGAAAUUGAGAAGAAAUAGUAUAAUGCGAUGCUGAAAAAUUCUGGAGCGAAAGGAAAAGCAUCAAAAUAUUACCUUCGCGCGGAAGACCGACGAAUUAUCCGCCCCUACCUCCGCAGUACCUUCAAUCGACCUGCGAAAAACGGAGGGACACGGUAGACCCGUGUUCCCAAUGUUCCUGUCAAUGCCAUCGAAAAUCAAGCAAAAACUCGAAGCAUUCGAUGCCAAAUAGAUCAUCAUGCCGUAGACCCAAAGGUCGCUCAGAUCAAGAAAUCGGCUGUCCUCAAGUCGGUUAUCACGACAGUCGAGGAGUCGACUCGCGUGAAAAUGUUUGCGAUCACGAAUGCGAACGUGAUGAAGAGAGGCAUUCUUGCUCUAGAAGCUGUAGAAGGGAGUGUAAAGUUGAGAAAAACGAUUUCAAUGCUGGUAUGGGAAGAGCUAAGCGUUGCGGCGAUGAUGAAAGACGUGGACUGCAGAAGGAUCGUUUUGAGGCUCGUCGUUUAAAUUCUGGAUCCCGGAGUGUGGAUCGAGAAGCUCCUAAAAUCGACUGUCCGCGUCUCCGCGAAAAAAGCACAGAAGCUUGCGCCUGCAACCGAUCGACGUCGCACGGACCCAAGACCGAUCGCCGAACUUUUUCCGCUAAAGCCGAGUGCGAUCGACGUGCAAGAAGCGUCGAUGCUGGCCGAGUAUCGAUUUCGGCAUGCCACGCGACUCCCUCGAGUUAUCGACGGAGCGCUUCCGACAACUGUGCUUCGCAGCGUUGCAAGCUCGAUGGCGCGGAUGAGCCGAGUCGGAGGUGUUGCAGGGCACUUUUAUAUUUUAGAUCGAAUGACGAUCCCAGAGGCGAGGAAUCGCCGCUACCUACGACUCCGGGAAUCAAGUGCACUUCCAGGCACAGCCAUAAAUGCAGAACCUCCAGAAAUACUCCACUCCCGGCGGUGCGCGAGAAUCUCGGAGGUGGCAUGAACUGCCGAAGAUGCGAGAGAAAAGUCUAUCACGCGGAAAUGCAGCUUGUUUCUGGCGAAGCGUAUCACAGAAUCUGCUUCAGCUGCUUUUGCUGCCGUAAGCCUUUGGAGCCGUUCACUUACGAAGAACACUGCCGUGAAAUUUUUUGUAAACAAUGUUACACCCGAAACUUCGGACCGCAAGGAUACGGAUACGGAACAGGCGCCGGAGUUUUGCAGACCCCCUUGUAGGGGCUUUAUCAAACUUUUUGCUUUCAUGUCGGCGACUACUUUUUUACAUUAAUCCGAAUGAUUAUGAAUGAUUGUAGAAAAGACGUAGAAAAACAGAAGCAUAAUUCGAUGGCCAUAUACAGUAUACGUUAUACAACAUGAA